CUAGAACGUACAACAGACACUGUUUCUUAUCAUUACUCUGAUCAAAAAGAAAUUCGGCCAUUCCUUCAGCAUACAUACGGCAUUUGUAGUGACUCAUUGGAGCCCAUCAUUACAAUGGACGUCAUCGGAGUCUUCGUCGACAUUGAAGGCCAAGAAGGUGCCCAGGUUACGUUUCUCACGGAGAAGAGCAACGAGCACAUCGCUAUAUCCCUUUCAAAAUCCAAUACGAAAGAGAACCGGAUAUCCAGAGGUUCUGAAGACGCCCACAUAAUUGACCACCUAAUCGAGCUCCUAGCCCGAUCCAUGGAUGCAGAGGACGAAGAUGAGGCAGAUGCCCUACAGGACGAGGCUUUAGAAGUUAUCUACCCGGUAGCUAAAUCCCUCGAUCAAGAUAGUGGAGCAUCAGAAGAGUCAGUUCAACCAAGAGAACUUGUUUUGCACAAUCUGCUGUUUCCGAAAACAUCCUUUUACCGGCUUGAGGAGGUGGCUGGCAAGCUUACCACAGUCCCUAUCCCACCAAACGAAGCAUAUGGGCCAACACACAACGAAGACCAGGACCAAAACAUGACUGGACUUGAGGACAACGUAUACAUCAACACUUCACUCCCAUCCUACCUACCUGAGCAGAUUAAGGUAGUUGAGGAGCUCGUUUGUGGUGGAGGUACGGUUUGCCUAGCCCAGGUCAAUGGCUGCCAGAUGCUUUGCAAAGCUCGAAAAGACGGUCUUCAAAACUACAAUCUUAAGCGAGAGAUCGACUGUUUACAGAAAAUCUCACAAGAAAACCUAGGCAAGAUCCUUAUACCAAGGCUGCUAGGCUAUGUGAAACACCCAAGAUCUGGCGCCAUACUUGGGUUCUUACGGGAGUGGAUACCCUCUAAAGACAACCUUAAGGAUCUCAAGGAGGCAGGAUUUCCAGAUUUUCCCAAGGAAAUACGGCAAAAGGUAGGAUCCCAGAUCAAGGAGACGGUUGAAAUUCUUCAUGGGAUUAAAGUUGUUUGGGGUGAUGCAAAGCCGAGCAACGUGGUUGUCGACCUAAACAACGAUGCGUGGCUGAUUGACUUUGGAGGUGGUUGGUCAGAAGGCUGGGUGGAUGAAAACUUGCAAAAUACUGUGGAAGGGGACCAGCAAGCGGUUGCGAGGAUUCUGGAGUUCCUGGACGUCAGCAUAUCCGGCAUGUAAAGUACGUGGGAAAUAUCCAGGCUGCUGAUGGUGGGAGGAGGGGGUGUUGAAGACAGACUCCAGCUGGAUGCGCUAUUGCUGGACAACUUACCGUAUGUGUGAGAUAGGGCAACCAAUUGGUCAGACCCAAAAGACUUGUUUCCAAUGAAUCAACUCCG